GUACGUGCUGGAAAAAAUUGUUAUGAAUUAGUACACAUCAAAUUUAGCGAAGAUAAGAAACUGAUAAGCGUUCGACAAAUUAUAUCCUACCUAACGUUACAUCAACAAGAAAUGCUGCGUAAAGAGCCUAAACUCCGUUCGAAGUUCAAUAACAGAACGCUGGAGCAAAAAAUGCUGGAAUUCACGAACCAAAAGGAACUACUAGAAGAAUUUGUUGCUAAAUCAUCAACCAAACAAGCCAAAAAUAACAAUGAUGAAUUCAAAAUGAUAAAACGAAGCUUACGUAACAAUCUGUCGACUGAUAAGCAAGCUGAAUUUGACUCAAUCCUGAAAGAAGUUGUCAAAAACGACACAGAACGAAACUUGAUCAAGUCCACUGCUAACCAAAGAUACAACCUACGAAAACGGAAUAAAAAACUAAAUUAUGAUGAGAGUAUUGCGCAUGUUUCAACCAAACAAUACAGAAAGCGGUUUCUAGCUAUCAAUUAUCUCGUUGUUAAAAUCCUCUCUGACUCUCAACGUACUAACUUCAUCAAGUUAUAUUCGUCCGUGCGAAAACCUGAGUGAAUUUUUCAAAAUUGAUUUUAUUUUGGUGUUCACUUACGUAAUACCGAUUGAACGUGUUGAAUUUCACUUGCGAAGAAUUCUUCCAGUUUCCAGUUCGUUAUUAUUUACGUAAAUUGUUCCAGCAAUAUCAAGAUGGCUGACAACUCGACGAAUGAUUAUUCCAUCUCGCUUCCAACAUGUGGCAUUUGUAAGUUUGCCCUCCUGCCAACUCAAGCACUCGUGAGGACUUCAUCAUGUUCUCAUGUGCUUCAUGAACGUUGCCGUAAGGAAAUAAUCUAUGACUUCGGACCUGAAUUCCGCAUUCCUACGCCUUGUAUGGUGCCUAUGUGCACUGGGCAGUUGGAUGAUCGAACCAUUUAUCCAGUGACUUUUACAGUGCAACGGUUUCCUCUAUUGAUCGACGAAUCGGAGUACCUAGAAAACAUGAUAGAUCUCGAGCGACAGCUGUCUGAACUACAUGUUGAGCAUACAAAUAUCCGCAGAGAGAGAAGUCAACUAAUGAUAGAGCUCCACGAAGCUAAUCAUCGAAACUUACUUACUGAACGUAGAGAAGCUAAUACGAUUAACGAAUUGCGACUACAGAUUGAGCAAUUAUCAAUAGAAGCACCAAGAACACAACGUAACGAAAACAGACCCUGUGACAAUCGGAACGUACUUGCCGAAUGCCAUCAUUUCUUACCAAGGACUUUACGUAAUGUAAUGGAAGUAAUCCGGGAACUAGAUUUACAUAUCUGUACAAAAAUACCUCAGACGUUAAUGGAUUCCAACUCAUUCGAACGAGAUCACGACUACGCUUACGUUACGAGAUACUUAGCAAAUUCGCCAUCUGGUAGCACUACGACUUACUUCCUAAACGGCGUCAUGUGUAUGGGCGAUGGCCUAGUACACGACUUAGUGGAUUUAGCGAUUACCAAUAAUCAAGAAAGAAGAAAAAGAUGGAGGACUAACUCAUUAUCCAGAGCCGGAAUCACAAGAAAAACAUUAAUCGAAAACAUCGACAAAUAUUUGAUCAGAAUACCGCGAUCGAUUCUAAUUUCUUUCGGCGAAGCGCAAAUCGACGAUGCGGCAAGAAAGCAUGAAACCUACGACGACAUCAAGGCGAUAAUAAAACAUCUUAUCUACCGCGGCGUUAAUCAAAUAUUCCUAGCACCUAUACCGAACAGAAGAGUUGGAUCAAUUAAUCACCGUGCGAGAAAUUGCUACAGGGCAUUUCUACAAAAUCAAGCAGAUGGUGUUAUCGUACACUACCUACGAGGGCUGGAAGAAAUCAUUGAUGAGCAAAUUCCAGAUUACGUUAUCGGGUCUCAAUCUCUAGUAUUGUCACCAGAAACACAUCUACAGAUAGCUUUAUUCUUAAUCGAACGAUUUGUUGCACACGCAGACUAAAGACAUCUCUCAUCACUUUCACGUAAUAAAUUUAGUUCAAUAAUCAAUCUAGAAAUAGAAAUAUCGAUUCACAUUACGUAAGAUAAACCUGUAAUAAGAAGAAAUAUAUCAAUUUUAGUUAUUAGUUAUAAUCUAUAUCAAGAAGAAGAAUAAAAUUAUCAUUUUCCUUACCUGUGUCGAAUUAUUUUGAUAACAUACGUGUUCAAUUUAUAACCUGAGUAAAGAUGACAAAAGCUGAAUAUCAUUCUCAAAUUAAGGAGAAGUAAAUUUUAAUUCAUCACUGCAAAU